AUGCUCCUAACUCUCGCUUUGGCUUGCCUCGCCCCGGCAGCCUCAGUUUCGGCCUUCACUUCCGGAAGCUCUUGUCCGCCAUCAGAGCUUUUGGUGCGCCUUCCCCCAUUUCUUGAUCCAGCGGUCAACAGCACUGGAAACGCUACUUCUGGAUGCCGCGCGCCGGGCUCUGGCUUUGUGGCCCCUCCUGCUGGCUUCUUCGCUGGCACCUGGUCCAUUCGAAAUACUUCCGGAACGUCCUACCUCACGUAUGGCAACUUGCAGUGGGACCUCAGUCCUGCCAUCGCCACCUGUGAGAAGAACAACACGGCAGACUGUAGUCCAGGAACUCUGGCGGGAGAGCUCAAUGAAAUCACCACCUGGACCCCAGCCGACAAUAAAACCGCCCGCAAUGGCGCUAUCGGCGGCGGUGGUCAUGAAGUGGCCUCCGUUCGAGCCUACAACACCCCUCGUCGAUUGAACUUUCCUACUUUGAACUCCGACUGGGACGCUGUUUUUGAUAACACAAUCUUGGACGGUCCUGGAAAGGGCUUUAUGCAGUCUUGGUCCGUGAUCUUCUGGGGAAUGGACGCGAAGGACCUCCCUUUCAUGGUUGUCCAUGAGACCCCGCCAAUGUUUCCCAACGGCAACAUUGGCACUACUGCCGUUCAUGCAAUUAGCAUCAACAGAGAUGGGCCGGAUCAUGAAUCCUUGUCGGCCGUGCUGGAGGCCUUGAUGGAUCUGGGCAAUGCUGAGUUGACUCAGGACAUCAAGAAGCUGGGUAUGACUAAGUGGGAUGAUGCUUUGAAAGGUGGCCCUGCUAUCUGCGGUUCCAAGUGUAUGAAGAACGAGGCGAAGUAG